AUGUCACUCUCAGCUGCAGCGAACAAGAUCUCGGAGAAUGAUUUCCAAAACAUUGGCCCGGCCCCACGGCCACCUGGAGCCGCGUUCAACAAGACGCAACCCAUAACAAGUUACCUCAACCAGCUGGACCUGCAAGACAAGAGGAACGAGCAGCGCGGAGCAGGCAACGGCAAUCGAAAAAGCGGCUGGGUCUCGUACAAGGACGACGGGAUCUUGUCGUUUCUAUGGCAGAAACGGUACAUGGUAUUGAGCGACUCGUACUUGACGCUUUACAAGAAUGAGCCUCGAGCAGGCAGCGACGACGCGGUGCUACAGAUCCCGCUAACCACGAUAGUGAGCGUCAGCCGCACACAGCUCAAGCAGAACUGCUUCGAGGUCGUACGCAGCAGCGACCGCAACUCGUCGGCGUCGGGGUCAUCGGUGGGCAGCUCUGGAAACGGCAGUGGAGGCUCGGACGGGAGCCGCAAGACCAUGUAUAUUGCUACUAAAACGGAGAUAGACCUACAUUCGUGGCUGGAUGCGAUCUUCGCUAAAUGCCCCCUUUUGAGCGGGGUAUCGUCACCCACCAAUUUCACACAUAAGGUCCACGUUGGCUUCGAUCCCGAGACAGGAAGCUUUGUCGGCAUGCCCUCGAACUGGGAGAAGCUGCUCAAGCAUUCUCGGAUAACGGGGGAAGACUGGAACAACAACUCUGCCGCGGUUAUCCAGGUCUUACAAUUCUACCAAGAGUACAAUGGCGCAGGUACCGCCACAGCUAGUAAUAACUCAUCUACUACUUCGUUGCCCAAGGCCUCCAUCAACCAGGGUCAGUACGGUGGCCAGCAGUCUAGACAGAAUUCACAUGAUAUGCUGCCGCAGAGGAAGCCUCCCACACCACCUUCCGUACAGCAUCGCCCAAAGUUGCAGGUUUCUACCUCUCACCAAAACUACCAAACUUCGCAACAGAGCCCAUAUCAGUCGUUCAACAACAAAUAUGCAUCUCCAUUGCAGAACAAACCACUUAAUUCACAUCUGCCAUCGCCUCCAGCGCACAAGUUGCCUUAUCCUCAACAGGUUCAAGGGCAGAAUUCGAGUCAGCUCAAGCAGCAUCGUCAAAACGGUUAUGCACAGGAUGCUUCUCGGUUUAAGCAUAACAUGCAGAACCCAUAUCUGACCAGUACCCCGCCUUCCUCAUCACCUUCAUCCUCGAAGGAACAAGUUUCUCAAAGACAUGCGCCACAACAACGUCCACCUGUCAAUAAUUCUCCAUAUUCCAACUCAUCAACACCUCCGCCACAAAGGCUUCAUCCUCAAAGAGCAGCGCCUGCUGUUCUUAAACCUCCAGCACAGCCUGCUCCAAGCACAGCAGCGGCGGCAGCCGCCAUGAACCAGAGUAGACCAGAGGCGGGUCCUAAAUUUCUGCAGCCUAACAGAGAAGCACCAAAGAAGCCAGAUGCACAUCCUAAAAAGGACGUUGGAGUCACCAAGCAGAGGAAGCCCACAAAGCCUACAAUGUCAAAUGCCGAGAUUAUGGCUAAAUUGAAAAGCGUGACUUUCAACACAGAUCCUACCCCCUUCUUCCAAAUGGUUGAAAAGGCGGGUCAAGGUGCAAGUGGCUCUGUAUAUCUAGCGCAGAGGACGCAGCUCCCAGACUAUGGCGAAGGCGAUCUCAACGAGCAGAUAGGGGAGCAACACAUUGGUGACAAGGUCGCCAUCAAGCAGAUGAUUCUUUCCAAGCAACCAAGAAAAGAGCUUAUCGUGAAUGAGAUUCUGGUAAUGAAGGACUCGCAGCACAAAAAUAUAGUCAACUUCCUCGAAGCCUAUCUGAAAACAGAAGACGAUCUCUGGGUAGUUAUGGAAUAUAUGGAGGGUGGAUCACUGACAGAUUUAAUCGAAAACAGUCCAACUAAUGGAAGUAAUCACGCCCCACUGACGGAACCCCAGAUUGCCUACAUAGUCAGGGAGACUUGUCAGGGCCUUAAAUUUCUACACGAUAAGCACAUUAUUCAUAGAGACAUCAAGUCUGAUAAUGUGCUGUUAGAUCAUAGGGCUAGGGUUAAGAUUACCGAUUUUGGGUUUUGCGCAAAGUUAACAGACAAAAGAAGCAAGAGAGCAACCAUGGUUGGCACCCCUUACUGGAUGGCGCCAGAGGUUGUAAAGCAGCGGGAGUAUGACGAAAAAGUCGAUGUAUGGUCCCUGGGUAUCAUGACAAUCGAGAUGUUAGAGGGCGAGCCCCCAUAUCUGAAUGAGGAUCCGCUCAAAGCACUUUACCUGAUCGCAACCAAUGGAACUCCCAAACUCAAACAACCCGAAGUCCUUUCGCUCAAGAUCAAGCGGUUCUUGAGUGUUUGCUUAUGUGUUGAUGUAAAAUACCGUGCAUCGACUGAAGAGUUGCUUCAUCAUAGCUUCUUUGACAUGAGCUGCGACCCAAGGGAUCUUACUUCUUUGUUAGAAUGGAAGAAAUAA